AUUAAAAUUUCCGUGACAGUUCCUGACCAGGCAGCUUUCCGCUAUGAAAGAUGUCAACGAAUCUCGCCUGAAGCUCUACGAACAGUUAGAGACGAGUAUCGCCGAAUUCGACAAGACAAAUAUCAAACUGCAACAAGAAUCGAUCGCCGAUAAGAAAAAGAUAAAAAGUCUCAAUAAUACGGUGAAUUUGCUGGAGAAAAGAUGCGAAGAUUUAGAAAUGUUAGUGGAAGAGUUAAAAAAUACGAGAGAAUACGGAGAAACCAUACAAGAAAUCAUCAAGCAUAACGAUUGCGACAUCCUUGUAAAGACAAAAGACGUCUUCAAGAACAAAGAAAAUGAAUACGAAGAGGAAAUUUGCAAAUUGAAAGCAUCCCUUUCCAAAGCAAAAAGCAAUAUGGCCAGGGAACAGAGACAGAGAGAAGAAUUGGAACUUGAACUUAGUUUCUUGUUACAGGACAAUACGACUCUUCAGAAACAGUUAGAAUGUUACAAAGAGAAAUUGUUAUAUUUGGAUGGAAAAUGUAGUCGGCAGGACGAAUACGAAUGUAUCCAGAUCAACAGAUCGCUUCAUCAUCAUCAAUCGUCCAUAAACGAUCUUAUGUACAUGCAAUCCGACGUGGAGGACGAUUCUCUAACUAAAGAGGACCUGACGCUUUUCCACCUCAAUAAUGGCGUCGUGGCUUACGGAAAACAGGAUUCAAUUCUUCCCGUUAGUAACUUAAUCAACGAUUCUCAAUACGAAAUGAGGAAUGCCACGUCUCUUCUGAACGAACUCGAUGCUCAGUAUCGAGUUCUUAUAGAUAAGUACGAAUACAUGGUUCAGAGCAGGGUAAAGAAAGACGAUUCGAAGAAUAUAAACUACGAAGAUUCAUCCACGAAAGAUUCUUUCGUCUCGAAUUCCAACGACACGAAAGAUUCGUCCGAUUGGGAUUCUGGAAUUUCAGAAAUUUCGGAUCAGAGUCUAUCGAGCCAAGUGAGUGUCCAGACGGAUAUUUCGAAUAAAUCCAUCGAAGGAAACUUUAAACACGGGCCGCCAGCUUACAAGAAGCUGUUUGCCGAAAUUUUUAGUGUCUUGAAACGAUCUUUGCCCAACGACGGCGAAGAAGAAUCAAAAGACGCGGUUGCCAAGGAAUCGGUCGUGCCAAAUUCUACUUCGGAGCAAAUGCAAAUUAAUUCAAAAGAGGACUUUUCCGCGACCGAAAAGAAGAAAUCGGAACGUUCCGAUAAAGUAAACACUGCGAAAAAGACUAACGAUGCUCCAGUUUUGAGCAGGAUACAGCCAUCAUCGGUUACUUCUCAACGUAAGUUUGUGAGUAAGAAAUCGUGCAACGAAAUUGUAAAAAACAUAAAAAAUUCCGCAUUUGCAGAAAUUCGAGCCAAGUUCGAAAACAGCAAUAGCAAUAUACCCGUUAAAAAGAACUAUUAUAAGACGUACGCCGAUGUCUUGAAGGGAAGACAUCGAGUCGUCCCUCAAAUCCAAUAAAGACGAUUCUCUAACUAAAACUCACACCCCCAACCAUUGAAUAUUUUACUCGCUUUUAACAGAUGGGAUACUAAAAACAUGAAUUAAUUGCUUAGAAUUUUAAAUAUUGUAUUUAACGGAAUAUUCAAAAUUUGUAUAUUUUAAAAAUAUAUUUUUUAAACGUGAUUAUUUUUAAAACUAAACCCGU